AUGUUACUGAGCGGAGCUCCUCCCGCGGGCUCGGGCCCCGGGCCGCGGGGAGCGCAGGGGGGUGCGGGGAGCGGCCCGGGGGGAGCCCGCAGGGGCGGUGGGGGCGCCGGAGCCGGCCCCGGGGGGAGCGGCGGCGGUGGGGGCGGGGGUGUGGCCAAGUGGCUCCGGGAGCACCUGGGUUUCCGCGGGGGGAGCGGUGGUGGCGGGGGUACCAAACCCGCACCUCCAGAGCCCGACUACCGACCCCCUGCGCCCGCUCCAGCCUCGCCCCCAGCGCCUCCUCCCGACAUCCUGGCCGCCUACCGACUGCAGCGUGAGCGCGACUUCGAAGACCCCUACUCUGGGGGGCCGUCGGGCCCCGCCACCCCUGCGGCCCCAGUAACCCCCGGCCCCACGCCACCUCCGCGCCACGGCUCGCCCCCACACCGCCUGAUCCGGGUCGAAACCCCCGGACUCCCAGCGCCUCUGGCUGAGGAGCGACUCCCGGCUGGCGGGGACAGGCUGGUAAUCCUAGAGGACUAUGCCGACCCUUUUGAUGCUCAAGAAACAGGCGAAGGCACAGCAGUGCCUCCAGGGCCCUCAGAGAAGAUACCAGAGAAUGAUGGCUACAUGGAGCCCUAUGAGGCUCAGAAGAUGAUGGCCGAGAUACGAGGCUCCAAGGAAGCAGCUGCCAAGCCCCUUCCCCUGUAUGACACACCUUAUGAACCAGCAGAGGAAGGGCUGUCCCCUGAAGGUGAGGGGGCUGGUCGACCCCGGGAGUCCCGUCUACCUGAGGAUGAUGAGAGACCCCCUGAGGAGUAUGACCAGCCCUGGGAGUGGAAGAAGGAGAGGAUCUCCAAGGCCUUUGCCGUUGACAUUAAGGUCAUCAAAGACCUACCUUGGCCACCACCUGUGGGACAGCUGGACAGCAGCCCUUCCCUCCCUGAUGGGGAUGGGGACAUCUCUGCUCCGGUCUCACCCCUUCUCCCUGAGCCCAGCCUAGAAGACGGCAGUGCUCAGUUUGAAGGGUCUGAGAACUGCUUGUCUCCCAGCAGAGAAGAGAAGGGUCGUCCCCUUCCUCGGCUUCCUGGAGGGAACUCUAAGGCAAUGAAACCUUUGAGCAUUGAGCCCAGCAGCCCCUUAGGGGAAUGGACAGACCCAGCCCUGCCUCUGGAAAACCAGGUUUGGUACCAUGGGGCCAUCAGCCGAACCGAUGCCGAGAACCUGCUGAGGCUAUGCAAGGAAGCCAGCUAUUUGGUGCGAAACAGUGAAACCAGCAAGAAUGACUUCUCCCUCUCCCUCAAGAGCAGCCAGGGCUUCAUGCACAUGAAGCUGUCUCGGACCAAGGAGCACAAGUACGUGCUGGGCCAGAACAGCCCGCCCUUCAGCAGCGUCCCCGAGAUCGUACACCACUAUGCCAGCCGGAAGCUGCCCAUCAAAGGGGCUGAGCACAUGUCUCUGCUUUACCCAGUGGCCAUCCGAACUCUGUAGGGCCAGAGGAACAACAGCCAUCACAGACCCGGGGCUGAAAAGUAGCCCCAACUUCGGAUUUCCUUUCAAUCCCUCUGGCCUCUCUACAACUAGCUGUUGAACUAUAGCUUCUUCCUGGGAGAGAAAUAUUGGCCAGAGCCUAGUCGGCCCUUAAGGGCCCUCUCUUUUCCCCUGUCCCCCUCCAUUCCACUUCCCCCCGAGGCUGAAACGAAAGCUUCUUUAAUUUAUUCUGAAAGGGAAAGUCAGUCGGGUUUUGCGGGUUGGGGGGAUGCCCCUGAGAGAAGAGAAAAGACCUUGGGGCAAUGCGUAGUUAGGAGUAGGGACAUCCUUUUCUAAGGUCCUCUGGAGCUGGAUACGCCUCCACCUUCUGCUGCUGAAUUAGUUUGGGCCUUAGACAUUCGGGGUGACGGGUUUCCAUGGCAUUCUCGUAAGGUUUCCGAGGAUAAAGGCACGACUACAGGACCUUUUCGAAGACCGGAAUGACAAAAAAGGGCCUCGGAUUUCAGUCCUAGAGAAGCAAAAGCUCCCAGGCGUUUGGGAGUAUGUUGGAGGGUGGGCCUGGGGCAGGUUUCCAGAACAAUAAGUGGUCAUCUCAUUCUGCCUCAACUCAAUUUCCCCCAACACUCAUCUCCAUCCCCAAACUAAAGAGCUCCCUUGCCUGGUCUCUGAGGCUUAGGAGGAAGAGAGAAACAGAAAUUGGGGAGGUUUUUGGUGGACCUGGCCUUGGGAAUAGAAGAAAAUGGGAAGGAUUUGAGGGGAGAACAAGGGAGCUAGUUUUGCGGGUUGUCCUCCCUGGCUCAGUGCCAGCAUCUUUAACUUGGCCCUAUCUACCUACCCUCCAUUGGCAUCGUGCGCGUUUGCCCAGCCCCCCCAACUGGUAUCGUGCGCGUCUGCCCACCCCCCAGGAGGAGGACUCUGGGGAAGAAGAGAUACUGCGCUGGGGGUGGGAGGGGAUGCGUAAGCAACGAAGCGCGAACAGAUUCUGUUGAUAAAUCAGUUUCGGAGCCGACACUGAACGGCUGUGAAAAGCA